ACCUUGAACACCGUGGUCCGUGGAUUGUGACGAGACGCACCUUAACGAUUGUUCAGGGUAAUCAUGACUCGAGAUGACAGUCGAGGUCCAGCUUGACUCAGCAGGCUAAUGAGCAUCAUUAUAUUUUUCGUAAUAGAAAGACGAGAUGACUGAUCUGGUGGCAGGAGGUUGAACUGGCUGGCCCUGCUUCGGACAUCGGCGCCGGACCUGACUCUUACAUAAUCUGAACUCUUCACUGCUCCCAGUUCGACACCUUGAUACACUUAACUUCUGCAGAACUCAAAAAACAUGGUGAGAUUAUCCCAACGUGCAUGUUACCUUACACUGAAAUGCAUUCAGGGAGGUGGUGCUAGAUAUCCGUACCCAAAGCAUGUGUGGUCCCCCGCUGGUGGUUGGUGGGCCCGUCCUGCGAAUUGGCGGAGUAACACUGUCAUAACGUUUGCUGGUAUGUUUGCCAUUGCAUACGGAGUCUGGACUGUCAGCGCAGACCGUGAGAUUAGACACGUUCAACCCGACCGACCGAUCCCGUCCAUGAUGUGGGCAAAACAGUACAAGGACCAGUCACGGGAGAACUGAGACAGGUAGCUGGGUGUAUGCUUAAAUAACACGGAAUCGUCUUGUCCCAGUCAGUUAUAUCCUUCAUCAUAUAUCAAUAUUUUGCCACCUCUGCACGAGUCUCAAUUUUGGGACUGUUGACUGAAUUGGUUAGGGAGAGCAUGAGAUAUUUCAGAGUAAUGCUGAAAGGGUAGGUUCCCCGUAUCCCAGAUCCAGAACUUGUUCAGAAUGCCAUUGUACAUAUCGACACAUGCCAUAAUCGUUAUGAUGUUACUAGUACGAGUGGAAGA